AUGCCUUCAUCUACUCCAGACGCCCUCGAGUCGGACCUCCUCACAAAACUCGCCGCAACCUCCGCCUUGGAGGAAUUACAAGAGACCCUGCUCGGAUCAUUACAUCGUGCUGGCUGGACAGAGCGGGUGACCAGCUUGGCGACAGAGCUUUUGCGGGCCCACCGCUGCGAGACCUUCGACGACGUCCUCGACGCCGUGAACGGGGGAACGAGCAACGGGACGACAGAAGGCAAGGCCAACGGAACAAAAAAGGACGGUUCAACGAAUGCGGAGAACGCACCUUACGACCCACUGAAGUACAUUGAGGAGGUAGAUGUGCGUAUUCCGGAUACAGUUGUAGACGAGGGGGGUGCGAGGCUUAAAAAGCAUACUGCGGGACAUGGUCGAUCUGGAAGAUGA